AUGCCUCGCGCCCGGCCCUCUCCAUCUCCACAUUCUCACGCAACAAGCAAAAGAGCACGGAGAACCGCUGUCGACAAACCAAAGACCCCCUUUGGUGCCAUGGCUGCCCCUAUGCCCAUGCGACACCCACCUUCGCAAAAGGAGACGCUACAGACCAGCCAGCAGUCGAGUCGUGCCCCGCCAUCAGCAACACCCAUACCCGUGCCCAAUGGCUCAACACCAAACCUCGUAUUCCAACACAUACAAGAUUUGGCCUCGAAGCGGAUAUCCACUUUGGACUAUCUACGGAAAGCACACGAGGGACGCAUCUACUGGUUCAAUACGCUCCUCUUCUCCAAAUCUGAUCUCACCCGCCUCCCCUCCUUCACCACCCGCAAUCAAGCCCGCCGCGCAACGCAUUAUCUGCUCCUCGGCUUCUCCCUGCCCAACAUCCUCGACCUAAACUCCAAUUCGCCCUCCGACUACCUCAAAGCCCUCAACGCCCUGCUCCUCGAAUUUGAAACCUACCAGUCCAUCCACCCCGCCGACGGCAGCACGCCCUCGUCACUCAGCAGAGCACGCAUCCCGCAAAUGUUCAAACGCGCAAACUUGAACAUGGGAGGCAAAGGCAGGCGAAGCAGUAGCGCGGCCGGCGACUUUCCCAUGUUGACACCAAGCGGCUCCUUCAACUCAGAGACAGGCCAUGGCUUUGCGGGCCCAGAUGUCCCGCCAGACUCCGACCUUUUACUUCCCAACGAGUCGUAUACCUAUCUACAAACCCCUUCGCUGCCCUUUGACCCGGAUCUCUUCAGCACAUUCGCCACGCUCUGCGACGUCCUGAUUGAUUGCUACACCAAGAUCCUCAGCAUGCUGAGUACUCCCGAGAGCGUGGUGGCGGCCGGUGGCGGCGUGCCGAGUAUCGUGGGUGAUCUCUUUAAUAAAGCGGAUGCGAGGGUUCGGAAGAUUAUCCUUGCGGGGGUGGUGAAGGAGUUUGAGGAUAGUUGUAGGGCGGGGUUGAAGAGUGAGGUUGGGGGUGUGGGCAAGGUUGUGUUGGGCGGUUUGAUGUAG